AUGAAAAGAGGUGUUAUAGAUACAGAAUAUUUGUUUAAUGAAGCUUUUAAACCUAUAAUUGAUUCACUCAAUUUAAUAGCGGAUAAAAAGAAAGGACAGAAUAUUCAAAGUUUAAAAGGUGAAGAAGAUAAUAAUUUACAUAAAACUUCAGUACAUCAAUUUACCCACUUUUUCGAAAUACUUCCAGAACAUAGGAUAUACGAUAAAACAUAUUAUGAAAAAGAUAAUAAAAAACUUCAAAUAGGAGAAUAUCCCGUAGAAUUUGUAGGCGAUUCUGUAAUAGUGGUAGAUAACCAUAAAUAUAAUUGGACAUAUGGUCUUUGGUCUUUGUUAAGUGAAAAAAAAUACUAA